ACUAGCAUUGAGUAUCCUAGUGAAGCAAAGGUUUCACUUUAGUGGUUCUGCUCUUGUUAAUCACAGCUGAUUCUUCUGCUCCAGCUGACCAGAACCACAGAUUUGUCAUGCAGAUGGCCUAGUAGAAAUUUUGCUUCCCUGUAAAACUUUACAAGCCAGGCUUCCUUUAUCUGCACAGCUCUCAACCUUCUUACCUUCCAGGUCCCUACAGAAAAGCUCACUGAACUGUCAAUACUGAUGGCUUUUCUAGCCCCAAAUUCCAAAGUCUGUCCACAAUCCUCCAAUACAAGGUGCUUAGGUCUGUCACAGCAAUGCCCCAGUCCUGCUACCAACUUGUCUUAGGUAGGGUUACUAUUGCAGUGAUGACCAAAGCAACUUGGUUGGUUUUAUUUUGGAGGAAAGGGCUUAUUUUGCUCAUAGUUCCUAAUGGUAGUUCAUCAUCAAAAGCAAAGAGGGCAAGAACUCUGGUAGGGCAGGAACCUGGAGGCAGAGGCCAUGGAGGAGUGGCUGCUCUUCAUGGCUUGCUCAAACUGUUUUCUUAUAGAACCUAGGACUACUACCCCAGAGGUCUUGUCACCCACAGUGGGCUAGGCCCUUCUGAAUUGUUCACUAAAUAAGAAAAUGCCUUACAGGCAGAUCAUAAGGAGGCAGGUUCCUAACCUCGGCCCCUCCUCUUUGAUGACUCCUGCUUGUAGUAAAGUGGCAUAAAGCUGAGCCAGCUGAACAAUGUCGCCUUCCACUUUUGAUAUUGUUUUAACAUUUAGCAAUGAUUUUUUUUUUAAAGAAGAGAUCUUCUUUAUCUUUUUUGGCUGUUUUCAAUGUAAAAUUUUUGAUAUGAAUAAAUUAGGUGUUCUUAGGCAUUCAUUAAAAUUGAGAUAAUAGAGACUUGAAAGAUGGCUUUGGUUAGGAGUGGGGUUGGCUCUUAUGUAGGAUCUGAGUUCAAAUCUUAGCUCUCAUAUCCAGCUGUCUUCUGGCUUACCUUGGGUACUGCACCCAUGCACAUAUAUCCCUUUCCACACAAAAAUUAUAGCACAUCAUAUUUUUUUGAGUUUUAAAAUCAUCAUAUUCAUAAAAACUUACAGCAGAAUGUGGUAGAUAUAACUCCUCAUAGUUGAUAUGAUUAUUACACUAACAGUUGUCAUAACUAUUUUGACAAAAAUGAUCACUUGGGUUGAAGGUAAUAGGCUCAUUUAGAAUUUCUUUUAGGAUAAGGCUGUCUGGCCCAGUGCCUCAGUGGGUAAUGUACUUGCUGAGCAAAUUUGGCAGCCUUACUUUGAGCCUCAAGAUUCAUAAAAUGGUAGAAGAGAACUGGUUCCAUCAAUUUAUCCUCUUCUCUGCAUGCAUUCCCUCCCCCCAGUACAUCAUGCACAUACAGAAUAAUAAUGAGCAAAUAAAGAAUUUCUUUUUGUGUGGAUAAGCCCACACCUAAUACUAAUUAUUUUAAAACUUAACUAGAUUACACCAUGAUGGUACAUGCCUAUAACCCUAGCACUUGGAAGCUAGAGGGAGGAUGAGGAGGUCUGGGGCUGUGUGAGACCCUGUCUGAAAUAAACACAACAUAAAAUAAACAGCCCCCCUCAUUACAAAAAAGAAAUAAGAUCUGUUAAGUCUGUGAUGAGAUGGUCUGUUAUGAUAGCUGAUAAUCACAUCUAGAAAACCUUGAGAGUCCACAGUAUGUCAAAUACUCAAGACCAGCAUUUCAGCCUCUGAGUGAGAAGAGUUAGUUAUAAAAGUAUGGUGACUAAUGCUUAAGUCAAUGUCUUCUAGUGCUUUUACAUGUGUUAGCUCACAGAAUUCCUAUAGGAGCAUAUAUAAUGUAUAAGUCAUUUCCCCCAUUUACAAAUGAACUCAAGUAGUUGUGAAGAGUGAUUUUUCCUGACUAACAUUGCACAGUAUGCAAAGCAACUCUAAUCUGGAAAAGAAUUUUCAUCUAGAUUUUAGAUUUUAAUAAUCCUUUUACAUGCAUACAAUGAUUUAUAGAGGAUAGUUGUUAAUCUCUUUUGCAGGAUAAUGAUAUGCAGUCUACUUACAGUGGUGAUAAUCUGGUUUAGAUUUUAAGCUAUUUUUUGAUUAUUAUAAUGGAGAAAUUAAACACUAUUAUAUAUCCAUGUUUGAAUAGUUAAAACAAAAAUAUAGUUCUUAAUCGCUCACAUUUUUAUAAGGUCUAAUACUGCCACACUUGUUUUCAAGGCAGUGAGAAGGUUGGGAGCAGGGUCCCCCGCCCCCAUGUAGUCCAUAGUCUAGAGACUGAGCUUCUGCUUGCUGAGAGCUGGGCUAUAGCUGCACACUGUCCUGAGGUAGGUCCGCACCUCUGCUUUCUGCUGGCAGCCUGUGAGCCGAACUGUCACUCUGUGGGCUUCGGCCUUCUCAUUUUGGUUAUUCUACUGGUCCUCUGUGAUCAUACUCUGGGGGUUCAUUUGUUUGUUCGGCUUUGUAUUUCCUACUGACUCAUGUUGAACAUUCUUAUGCCUCCCGUGUAGCUUUUAGGAAUACCAAUUCUUAUUUGGUCCAUGUACAAAUUUGGCUUUUCAUGCUGGGCAGUGAUGGUGCAAGCCUUUAAUCCCAGCACUUGGGAGGCAGAGGCAGGUGGGUCUCAGAUUUCAAGGCCAGCCUAGUCUAUAAAGUGUGUUCUAGAGUAGCUAAGGCUAUACAGAGAAACCCUGUCUAGAAAAACAAAACAAAACAAAAAAUAUCAUUUUCAUUAGUAUUGAGUUUUAACAGUUAUUAAAUAUAUUUGUGCCAUUUUUUAAUGGCUUCGUAUUUUAUUUUCUUACAGUUUUGGCAUGCCAUAUAAGUGUCUUAAUGUUCUUGACAGAACAGAUGUUUUUAACUUUAAUGUAGAUAGCUUUGUAAUUUCCCCCAAGCUUUUCUCAUUAAAAAUUUGUUUCUUCACUUUACUUCCUGAUGGUAGCCUCCCUUUCUCUUCACACCCCCAUACUCCCUCCCCUUCGUUGAAGAGGAGGAGAGAGGCACUUCCCUUUCUCUGCCACCAACCCACCCUGGCAUAUCAAGUCACAGCAGAACUAGACACUUCCUCUCUCACUAAGGCCAAACAAGUCAACCCAGCUAAGGGGAAGGUAUCCAGAGACAGCCACCACUCCAAUUGUUGGGCCACCCAUGUGGAGACCACGCUGCACAUCUGCUACACAUGUGUAUGGGGCCUAGAUCCAGUCCACACAUGCUCUUUUGUUGGUGGUUCAGUCUCUGUGAGCUUGUAUGGGCCCAGGUUAGUUGACUCUAGGGUCUUAGGGUGUCUUUGACCCCUCUGGUGCCAGCAAUUCUUCCCCAAUUCUUCCACAUGACUCCCUGAGCUCUGCCUGAUGUUUGACUGUGGGUGACUGUAUCUGCCAUCAGCUGUCGUAUAAAGCCUCUCAAAUUCAGUUAUGUUAGGCUCCUGUCUGCAAGCAUAGCAGAGUAUCAUUAGUCAGGAGUUGACUUUCUCCCAUGGGUGUGCCUUAAGUUGGACUAGUCAUUGGUCGGUCAUUCUCUCAAUCUCUACUCCAUCUUUAUCCCUACACAUCUUGUAGGCAAGGCAAAUUUGGGCUGGAGGUAUUGCGGGUGGGUUGGUGUCUCCUUUCCUCCACUGGAAGCCCUGGCUGGCUACAGGAAGUGUCCACUUCUAGCUCCAUAUCCCCAGCUGCUAGGAGUCUCAGCUAGGGUCACCCCUAUAGACUCCCAGGAGCUUCUCCUGUUCCAGGUGCUCUGACUUGUCCUAGAAAUGCCAGCUCAACAAUUUCCCCUCCCCCCCUCAUUCUCCUCCCUUCCCUGUGCUCUCCCCAUGCCUCAUCCCCCUCCUUCUUCCCCUUCCCACUUACUCACUCACUCUCCCACUUCUGAUGUCUAUUUUAUUUCCCCUUCUGAGUGAGAUUCAAGCAUCCUCCCCUGAGCCCUCCCUGUUACUUAGUUCUGUGGAUUAUAGCAUGGCUAUUGUGUACUUUAUGGCUAAUACCUACUUAUAAGUGAGUACAUGCUAUGCAUGUCUCUGACAACCUUUAUAGUGUCAGGACAUUGCUCUCCUGCUCUUGCUCCCCCCCCCCCGCCGUGUGUGUGUGUGUGUGUGUGUGUGUGUGUGUGUGUGUGUGUGUGUGUGUGUUUCAAAUCUCAGGACAGAACACAUACAGACAACAUGGUUCCACAUGGAGAGGUUUAAUGAAAGAAAAAGGAUAGAGCAGAGGAAAGGCCGGCCAGGGAAGGAGAAAGGAGAAAGGAGAAAGGAGAAAGAGAGAGAGAGAGAGAGAGAGAGAGAGAGAGAGAGAGAGAGAGAGAGAGAACACAAAGAGCAAGAGAGGGUAAGAAGGGAGUAAGAGGAGGGGUCAAGCAGUCCCUUAUAUAGUCAGGCACAGCUGGCUGUUGCUAGGCGACUGUAGGGCGGAGCAUACCUGGCUGCUGCCAGGGAGCUGUGGGGGCUGGAGCUUAGACAGAAUACCAAACACUCUAGAUCUUCUCUCUCCCCUCCCUAAGCAAGAUCUGAACUCCUUCCUACCUAGGAACCUCCCAAGUGCUGAAAUUACUGAUGUGCACUUCCCUUCCUGACCUAAAAGUGCAGCUUAAAUAUUACUCCUUUAUAGGACCUUAUUAAAUGAUAUUGCUGUUGUUACUUUCAAAAUACCAUAUCAGUACUUUUGAGAUUUUAUAAUUUGCUCCUUUAUAUGGUUAUUAGAGUAGGAUUUAGAUUCAAACUCAACAUGCAGGUUUGUAAAGGGAGUUAAAUACUUUAAGUUAUAAGCUUAAUAAGACAUUAUUUACUAUUUGAUAAAUUCAUUGUUUCAGUGUUUUGUGUCUUUUUCAUGUAAAUUGGUUCAUCAACUUAAGAGAGAACAUAAUUACUUAAAAACGAUUGAUUUUUUGAAAUAGAAUUUCUUCCCAUUUUCUAGAGAUUUUCCUGCUUUUUGUUGGAAUAUCUGCAGAGACAGGCUUACUCAACCCACAUCUGUCAGGAUAAUCUUUAGUUCUUACACAUUCCAUUAGAGCAAUGACUCGGUUUCUUCCAAAAACUGUACAUUUUCCACAUUUUUUUCUCAUCAGCUUAUCUUACCAUUAAAAUUUUUGUAAAAUUUAUGUGGGUGCAUUUUUCCUGCAUGUGCUUCUGUGCACCAUGUUCAUGGCUGGUGCUGUAGAGGCCAGAGGCAAACAUCGACCCCCUGGAACUGGAAGUAUAGACAGCAGAGAGCCACCAGAUAGAUGGUAGGGACCAAACUUGAAGAGUAGUCAGUGCUUCUUUAAAAAUGAGCUUACCUCCUAGUAGUUUAAGUUAAGUAUUAUUAUAGUCUCAGAAAGGGUAAGAUGGGUUUCACUCUUACUGUUUGGGCUUAGUGUAUCUUUCAGUUGUUGUUCAGGAAAGGCAGACAUGUUGACUAAUUAAGCCUGUUUUCUCCAUUUCUCUGACUGUUUUUAAAGAACAAGAGAGCCGAAGGAACAUGGGACUAAAUCAUAGCUCAUCUCAAGAGAUGCUCAUUCCCUCAGGACUCAUGGUCAGGCUUCAUGGUGUGCUGUGAUUGGUAGCUAACCUUCUUUGUUGUAAAAAGCUAUUUUCUACAUUUUUAUUUUUAAGCUAGUUUGUAAAUACUUUGCUUUUUGAGAGAACAGCCCAUGUUCCUUGCUGAAACUUCAGCCCAUUUCAUACUUUUGUUUUGUUUGUUUGUUUGUUCGUUUGACAUACAGGUUCCCUUUACAUCUCAGUCUGGCUUGAAUUUAUAAUUCUCCUGCCUUGCCUUCCUGAGUGCUGGGAUUACAGGCAUGUAUGGCUCAAACUAAUUCUUAAAUGUUACAGUUUUGAAUGAUAUAACAAAAGCCUUUGUGUAAUUAGGGUUUUACCCAAGUUAACGUAAACCAGUGCAUUUCUGUUAUCCCCUAGUAAAUACUCUGAAACCUAAAGGCAACUCCCUCUUUGUUCUGGCAGAAUUAAAAAUAAGAGUCUCUAUCUAGAGCUAAGAGAAAACAUGAGCGUAAAGGAGAGAGGUUCAGUGCAGCAGCUUUCUACUGAGCUUUCUACCUUAGCGGGUUGGAUCAUAUUCCCCAGGUGGCUAUGGUAGGUGCUGCUGGUAUACUCUCAGAUGACAGACACAAGAGAACCUUUAGGAAAGGGGUUCACAGGUACAAAGACACCUAGAAGUCACUCUCUUCCAUGAACCGAAGCAAUUCUUCCUUCCUCGGUAAGACGUUUGAACCUUUAUUGGCCAUAAACACACAGAUGUGUUUGUUCUUGAAUGUGUAUGUAUUAUAUCUCAUGAGAACUGUAUGUCGAAAGAGGACUUUGAUUUUCCCUUUCCCUCAUCUUUAACUCCACCCUCUGAGUUCUGGUGCUGGCUUCCAACUAUUUGUUAGAAAUAGUCUAAAUUACAGACUGUGGCACCUUCUGAGGUUUGGAGGCCUUAAUGCCUUGGAUUCUGAAGUUACCAAUACUUCUUUAGAUGUUAUUUUCUGGUUUGAAAUUCCUUGUGUUUAGGAAGCUGCUUCAUAACAUAAUGAAAGUCAACAUCAUACUUUUUGAAAUUAAGAAAGAGUAGGAUAUUUUUAAAUUCCUCUUAUCAAAUGUUAUAAUAUCUGUGUUUAACACUGUGUCUACAAAGGAAACUAAAAUAACUCGAAAGCAUUUAUUGAAAAUUGGGAAUGACUUUGUCUUGAGCAUCUUGGCAGAGAUUUGGGAGGUCUGGUCUAGCCUUGCUAGGCCUUUUAAGUUGCUUUUUUUUUUUUUAAAUCAAAGUAGAAAGAGGAAUAUAAGAGUAACAAGGACCAUUUCUUUCCUUGAAAAACUGUUUAAGUGUAUUUCUAAGUUAAGAUACUUUAAGGGUAAUCAGAUAUUACCUCUACUAGUUAGUUCUUGCUGUUGGGAUUUAAUGCCCUUUGUUUGGAAAAUCUGGGUGAGUAUGCUCUCCUCUUUACAAAGUGACAACAGGGCUUCCGUUCAGUCGGAUGCUGUCACUUUCCCUUCUCUGAGGAAUAUAGAGCCAUAGUCUCAGUGUAUAUUUAAUAAAUGUAGAGCAGAACUAUUGCUGUGAACAAUAUGCCAAUGAAAUGGCUUAGCAAGUGAAAGUAUUUUCAACCAAACCUGACUGAGUUCUGUCUGAUCCCUGAGAGCCAAAUGGUAUGGAAGGAAAGAGUCAGUCUCUGCAUGUUGUCCUCUGACCUCUAUAAGUGUGCCAGGGGGUGAUUGUCACCCCCCCACACUUGCAUGCACGCCCACACAAACAAACAAAUGAGUAUUAAAUUAUAAUUUAAAUUCUGUUCAAUAUAUUCUCUUUGUGCUUUCUGUGCAAUAGGCAAUAAUUGAACAACUUUUGUUAAAAGGAAAUUAGUAUCUGUAAGUACAAUAAACUAUUCUAUGUACAUGCACAAUGAGAAGGGAUCAGUACGAGUGCUCAGAGGUCCCUAGAUAUGUAGCUCCUAAUUGGCUUUUACUGUCACACCUACUGGCCCUGUCACCUACGGCUUUUUCUUGCCUUGUAUUUAUAGUAAUGGUACUAUCAUGUGUGCAUUUAUUCAGAAGGACUGAGGAAGUGUUCAAUGAAAAACUUUAGAUAAAUUUAACAGUUUAUUUGAACAAGAAUAAUUCAUGUAUUGGACAGCAUUCUGUACUGGACAGAGGCUCAAAGAAUGUAGGACAGUGAAUAUUGACAGACAGAACUCUAAAGUGGAGUACAAGGUAGCUUUUUGCCUCAUUUGAGCAUGGCCUGUAAUUGGCUCAGUGGUUUUAUGAUCUUGGCUGACAUUUGACUUUCCAUUGCAAAAUUACACCAGGUUAAAUUCACAUUCACUUAUAAGCAAGUUGUUUUGUAGUUCAUUUUGUAGGAACUCAAAUUACCGAGACAGCCUCGGUCUAAAUGUCUUCUGCCUAUUCAACAAAUCCUUGUGUAAAAAGAAGGGGCAAUAAAAAUUCUCUGGGUUGUAGUGUGGCCUUGAUUUCUUUGAGAAUCUUAUGGUUUGGAUAUAAAUGAACUCAAAGGAUCAUGUGUUUUGGGCUUGUUCCCCUGGUGUUGGGGCUGUUGCAGUAACUGGAUCUCAGGGGCUCUAACUUUGUCGGCGGAAUAAGCCCUUGAUAAAACCUAGUUUCUGAAUAGACUAGUAGAAGGUCAGUCAGUCUUGUCCUUAGGUCCUGUUGUCUCCUUGGCUUCCUGGCUACUGUGAAGUGAGGAGGUUUUGUCACAUGCUGCUGCCACUGUGGUGUUUUCUGUCUCACUGCACGCCUUAGCAAUAGGGCUAGCCAAACCAAACAUGAACUAAACCCUACUGAGACCAUGGGCCAAAAGCCCUUCUUUUUUUCCUUUUCAAUUUUGUAUGUCAGUUAUUUUGCUGCAGUCAUAAAAUGCUCAGUGGAUUACUAGUCAUAAUCACUAGUGAGUGCUGGAAAACACAGGGCUCAGCAUUGCUUGUAGUUUGGUUCUGGGCUAUUGCUGGUAGCAGGAAUACAGCAGAAGAAUGUUGUACUGUUUAGCUUGCAGUAGCCUAUCAAAUGAAAAGUAGGACAUGUUCUUAUACUAGAGAUAUUGUCAGUUAAUUCAAACGUGGGUCUAGGGAAAGAGACAAAAUUAUAAUGUACACGAGGACAAGCUUCAGGUCAGAGAAGAACUUGGGCGGAGGUGACCCAAGCAGCUCCCCUUGUAAAAGAUGGUGCCCUGGCAGGGGAUAUUUUGGUAAAAGUAGUGAUUUGACUUGAUGAUCUUUUAUACCCUAAACAGUGCUGAUUUACUGUUACUUUUUUUUGGUACAGUAUCUAUGCUGGUACAGUCUUCUCUACUUGGUAGACUGGACAGAAGUAAGCCCUAGAGGAGAUUGUUUACAUGGGUAUUUUCUCAAUUCUACCAGAGAGAGAACAGGGGAUGGGUGGGGACAGUCACAUGAUUUCUGGUUGGAGAUGAUACAGAGGCUUGGGGGAUAGUGAACUCAUGAGCUCUGGGUACCUUGUGCAUCAAAUCUGAGUAUUUUAGAACCUGAACUGACAAGAGGUGCACUUGAGGAUUCUUUAAAAAAUACACAAAAGUAAAUAAAAAUGAGUGCAAAGUAGGUUUUUGAAAGCUAUAAUAUUUUAAAUAUUAUUACUAAAUUCUACUAAUGUGCAAAAUUGAGAGUUUGGCAGGGUUAGGAUUUCUAAAUGGGGCACCAUUCUCUUUGAGAUUCCAGUAUUAUUAAUGGAUAUUUUAAAAUAUUAAUUUGUCCAUUUGACAUGUAAUCCUGUGUAAGUUGCUGCUGUGAAUUGUGUACAGAAGGACGUUUUGAUAGAAAGACUGACCUGUGACAUGGCUUUUGUGCCUCUUUGAGCCUAUAUUUGUGCAUCUCAGGGUCAUUGUGAAAUUUGUGUGCAGAUGGAUUCCUGUUCUUGUUUAUGGUCUUCAAAAAAACAAAAACAAGUUCUUUCCUCUGAUGUUCCUUGAAAUUUAGGAGAGAACACGUUAUUCUAAUGCUUUUGCCUGGAACCUUUGCAGACUGUAUACAAUAAUCCUACAAUACAGAUGCUACUCUUGAGUAUUUUAUAGAGAAGGAAAUGGAGACACCAUUAAAUUUAAACCCUACUUAACUGUAAGGGGUAAUGCCUUUUCUUUAUUCCUUUAAAGGCAAGCACCAACUAUAUGAAUUAAUUAUAUUUUCUGCUUGCCUACAAUUACUAGUAAUUUACAUCUUAUGGUUUGAGGAAGAGUGAAACAAGGCAAAAACAGAGGCCCUCAGACAACACCAUAGCUUUGAUGAGAGUAACCAUAAACUUAAUUUUACAAUGAUUUUGAAAUGCAUUUGCCCAAGUACAAGGUGGAUAACAUUAUACGGGAAACUUGGUUGUUUUUUAAUGUAGCCCUGGCUGGCCUGGAACUCACUAUGUAGUCUGCUUGCUCCUGCCCCUUGAGUGUUGGAAUUAAAGGCAUGUACCACCCUCACUAUCAGAAACUGUGUUUUUAAUGCUUUUUUUUUCCUUAAGAAGAAAUACUCUUAAGGUUAUAUGGAAUGAUGCUGUAUGUGAACCAAGACUCGGUCGGCUUUAAAAUGUGUGCAUAGUAAGAAAGAAAUUGAAUCUCAGGGCAAAAUUCUUGGAAGAAUAAACCACCAAGUUUAACUUGAAUGGAGUUAGGGUAAGGCAAAAGUAAUUUAAUAAAACGAGAAGAGUUCUUGGGAAUUUUAAAAGUUAGGCAUAAGGAGAUGGUAUAGGUUAUUACUUUUGAAAUAGCAAAUUAUUUGUUUUUAUAUGGGCAAAAGUAGUUGGUAGAUCAUGCAUUUUGAAUGUUUUAAACACCAGGAAGAGGAUCUGUAGCAGCUAAUGCUUCAAGGGAGUGUAUGCUAGAGUGUGUGGCAUCUUUAUGGUGUCAUUUAAUCUUCUGUGUUAAUUGGUUCACAUUAAUGGUGUCUUAAUGACUACUGUAUUCCUCUUAGAAGUAAAACUUAUAUGUUAACUCUCUGCUUUAGCAGUUGUGAUCCAUCAAAUUUGUACUUGAAAGAAUAUCUUUCCUUAUGAAUUCUUAAUCAUGGCCAAGACAAGCAGCAGAUUAGAUAUAAAUCUAGAAGCUUCAGGAAAGAUAAAAAGUAUAAUGUUGAGAUCUAUUUUUGAAGUAACCAAAAGCUGAAAAGAAAAGAGUCAGGAGAGGAGGGAGAUGUGGCCAGAUACACAAAAACAUAAUAGAUGUGGUGAAAGGUUUGUCAUCUUGAGAAAAGAAGGGACCCUAUUACUUCAUUGAGAAUGGCUAAGUAUUGAUCUUGCUUUGUUUUUCUAAAGCAGCGAGCAGUUCAGUGCAGGGAAUCGUUCCUUUGAUAUAAACUCAAAGCGUUAGUGGAAUAGCCCUUUAAUCAACUCUUUUUCUUUUUCUUUUUUUUUUUUUUUUGAAAAGGAACCAGUUGUCUGGCUCAGUGCCUUUGCCGUCAGUCUCUCUAUCUGUUUAUUGCUGAUUUGACAGUCUCUGGUCCUCCUUUCUGUUAAAUGUGUGUGUCCUUUGUUUGUGCUGGUUGGCUACAUUUGGAUGUGAGAGAAAAGCCUGCUUUUGCCAUAUUGGGCUAAUUAGCCUUCUGGGUGAGCAUAUAUAUUAAAUAGGCCUUCUAAACCAUGAAAGAAGAGAGUUCACAACAUCGUAGAUUUUCUUCAUGUACUGGGGUUUCGUCUGUUUUAUUCCCUCCACGUAUUGAUGGCCGAAAGCUUGUCCGGAAUGCUUCAUUUGGAGGAUACAAUGAACUUUCUCCUUCCUUACAAGGUUUUGAAAGAGGAAAAGAAGACAUUUCUCAAAAUAAAGAUGACUCUUCACUUUCAAUGUCAAAGAGCAAGUCUGAAUCUAAACUUUAUAAUGGCUCAGAAAAGGACAGUUCAACUUCAAGUAAGCUCACUAAGAAAGAGUCUCUUAAGGUACAAAAGAAGAAUUACCGUGAAGAGAAGAAGAGAGCCACGAAGGAGUUACUCAGCACCAUCACAGACCCCUCUGUCAUUGUCAUGGCCGACUGGCUGAAGAUUCGUGGUACCCUAAAGAGCUGGACCAAGCUGUGGUGCGUGUUGAAACCUGGAGUGCUUCUGAUCUAUAAAACGCAAAAAAAUGGUCAGUGGGUUGGAACAGUCCUUCUGAAUGCUUGUGAGAUCAUCGAACGUCCAUCAAAAAAGGAUGGCUUUUGUUUCAAGCUUUUCCAUCCUUUGGAGCAGUCUAUCUGGGCAGUGAAGGGUCCCAAAGGUGAAGCAGUUGGAUCCAUAACUCAGCCUUUGCCUAGCAGUUACUUGAUUAUCCGAGCUACUUCAGAGUCAGAUGGAAGGUGCUGGAUGGAUGCUUUGGAGUUGGCUUUGAAGUGUUCUGGUCUUCUUAAGCGUACAAUGAUGAGGGACGGGAAGGAGCAUGACUUGAGCAUUUCCUCAGAUAGCACACAUGUGACUCUGUACGGCCUACUGCGUGCUAACAACCUCCACAGUGGCGACAACUUCCAGUUGAAUGACAGUGAGAUUGAAAGGCAGCACUUUAAGGACCAAGACAUGUAUUCCGAUAAAUCCGACAAAGAGAACGACCAGGAACAUGACGAGUCUGACAACGAGGUGCUAGGGAAAAGUGAAGAGAGCGACACAGAUACGUCAGAAAGGCAAGAUGACUCAUACAUCGACCCUGAGCCCGUGGAGCCAUUAAAGGAGACCACCUACAUGGAGCAGAGCCACGAAGAACUGGGAGAGGCAGGUGAGGCUUCUCAAACAGAAACUGUGUCUGAAGAAAACAAAAGCCUUAUCUGGACUCUGCUCAAGCAAGUCCGUCCCGGCAUGGAUCUAUCCAGGGUGGUUCUUCCUACAUUUAUCUUGGAGCCUCGUUCAUUCCUGGAUAAACUUUCAGAUUACUAUUACCAUGCUGAUUUCCUGUCUGAAGCUGCUCUGGAAGAAAAUCCAUAUUUCCGUUUGAAGAGGGUUGUGAAAUGGUAUUUGUCAGGAUUUUACAAGAAGCCAAAGGGACUGAAGAAACCAUAUAAUCCUAUACUUGGUGAGACUUUCCGUUGUUUAUGGAUUCAUCCCAGAACAAACAGCAAGACUUUCUAUAUUGCUGAACAGGUGUCCCAUCACCCACCAAUAUCUGCCUUUUAUGUCAGUAACCGAAAAGAUGGGUUUUGCCUUAGUGGGAGCAUCCUGGCUAAGUCCAAGUUCUAUGGAAACUCAUUAUCUGCGAUAUUAGAGGGAGAAGCCCGGUUGACUUUCUUGAAUAGAGGUGAAGACUAUGUUAUGACAAUGCCGUAUGCUCACUGUAAAGGAAUUCUUUAUGGCACAAUGACACUGGAACUAGGUGGAACUGUCAACAUUACCUGUCAGAAGACUGGGUACAGUGCGAUACUUGAAUUUAAACUAAAGCCAUUUCUAGGGAGCAGUGAUUAUGUUAAUCAAAUAUCAGGGAAACUUAAAUUGGGAAAAGAAGUCCUCGCUACUCUGGAAGGCCAUUGGGAUAGUGAAGUUUUCAUUAAUGACAAAAAGACUGAUAACUCAGAGAUUUUCUGGAAUCCAACUCCUGACAUUAAACAGUGGAGAUUAAUAAGGCACACUGUAAAAUUUGAAGAACAGGAUGAUUUUGAAUCAGAGAAACUCUGGCAACGAGUGACAAAAGCUAUAAAUGCCAAAGACCAAACAGAAGCCACUCAAGAAAAGUAUGUUUUGGAAGAAGCUCAAAGACAAGCUGCCAGAGAUCGAAAAACAAAAAAUGAAGAGUGGGCUUGUAAGUUAUUUGAACUUGACCCACUCACAGGAGAAUGGCACUAUAAGUUUUCAGAUACCCGACCAUGGGACCCACUUAAUGAUAUGAUACAAUUUGAAAAAGAUGGAGUUAUCCAGACCAAAGUGAAACAUCGCACUCCAAUGGUUAGUGUUCCAAAAAUGAAACAUAAACCAACAAGGCAACAAAAGAAAGUGGCAAAAGGCUAUUCUUCCCCAGAGCCUGACGUCCAGGAUUCUUCUGGAAGUGAAGCUCAAUCUGUAAAACCAAGUACACGAAGAAAGAAGGGGAUAGACCUGGGAGACAUUCAAAGUUCCAUUGAGUCUAUAAAACAAACACAGGAAGAGAUUAAAAGAAAUAUUAUGGCCCUUCGAAAUCAUUUACUUUCAAGUACGCCUGCUACGGAUUAUUUUCUGCAACAGAAAGAUUACUUCGUCAUUUUCCUGCUGAUUUUGCUUCAAGUCAUAAUAAACUUUAUAUUUAAGUAGAAGUUCUCAACAGUUGAAUCAAUGAACUAGAACGAUUAGAAUGUGACCUGGGACCAAUGUUCAAAUUGGUUUGCUCUUUAUUAAAGCAUCACAAUAUUUCUGAAUCAAGCAAACAAACUAGGAGAUAAAUGUAGAAAUGUCUGCCUACUUUUCACAUCUUUUAUCCUUACCCCGAAACAAGAGCUACUGUGUUUGUUAGUACAAUCGGCUGUGUGUUCAGUGCCAGAACACUUUUAUGAGACUGUGCCUACAUGCGAGUAAGCCCACACGUGUGCCAGAGCUCUUCCCUGACAGCAGUUCCUAUGCUCUGCAGUGUGCUGUGAAGUAUUCUGAUGCCAGUGUUUAUAACAGAGAUGCCGCCACUCCUAUAAAUACAUCUGUGGUCAACUACUGUCUUCAGAAGACCGGCAUUGACUUUCAUUAGGGAAUUACAGUGGGGAAAUGAUAGAUAAUAGAUGUUAUGAGUAAUUCAAUACAUUAUGCUGUAAAACCACCUCCAAAUUAUCUAGCUCAGUUUGUCUUCUUAGGUAGACCAAAAAAAAUAUGUGGGUGAUCAGAAUUAAUGUAUUGUAAGGGACAAGUAGAAACUUUUUAAGAGUUUACACAAGAUUUUGUAGCCCCUAGCAUUUAAUGUUACAGAUAUAGGUGAAUACACAGUUAUAUUAUCUAUCUAUCUCACUAUUAAAGAUGGGUGAGCAGCUACAUGGAUGUGUAUGGUACAGCCCCACCUUAAGCACUUGCUGGAAAAGGAAUAAUCAGAGUGUUUAUGCAGGCCAUGUGAAAUCCUGAUGGUUUUGGGUUUUCUUUAUGAAAAACUUUUUAGCUUUCCUUUAGACACAAGAGAGCUCAAGGAGUAAAUUGAAGAGAAAAAUAUAAUAUCUUACUUCAAAAGUCAAAGAAGGUGGUAAGAAAAGACUGCAGUGGCCUUUAUUUUAAUAUAUUCAAAUCAAUUUGCUUAAAUGUGCAAUAAGUUGAGCAUUGGGUAAUAUCAAAUUAUGGAGUUUAUCAUCUCCUUCCAUCGUCCUUCCGUAAGCCACAGUUCUGCACAAGUCUUUCUGUUCCAGCUCAGGCAAAUUCUGUUCCUAAGAGGUCUUGCCUAUUUAUUCAGUUUAAUAUUGUGUUUUUACAUAAAUAUUUAUCAUUGUCAAAAAGACUUCUUUAAAAGGUAGCUAAGUUUUCAAACGUCAAAAAUGUAAAUUCUUCAACCUACAGGUUUUAGAAGGGUUUAUUAAGUGACAACUGAGAGAGAGCUGACAGUCUGGCUACAUCUGCCUUCAACUAAGGAGAGACUGAGAUCAAGUAAAGCCAGUCAGCUUGCUUCGAGAAGACAGCCACCUUGCUAAAGUGGAAAGCCUCCUCUUCCCAACGAAUGAGUAUCCAUAGGUUCCUAUAAAAAGCCAUUUCCAAUGUGGUGUUAGCAAAACAGUGCUGUGUUUCAUAUGAAAAUAUUUUAAACUCUAACAGCAUAAGCAAGACAUACCUGUAUCCAGUAUUUCAUUAUGGAGUUUUGGGUUAUAUUUCAUAUUUCUCAAUAUAUUGUUUGUAUUCAUACUCUACUACCAAUAUUAUGCUCGACUGCCUAUUCAUUGAUGUGAUAUUUUGUAAAUAUUGUACAACUUGAUCUUUAUAUGAUUUUAAAUUACUAUUAAUUUAUAUUAUAUAUAACUUGAUUGGUUGAUCACAAAAAGUCGUUUCAUUGUUAAACCCUGAAAUGUUAAUUGUUGGUGACAUGCCUUAGGGCUCUUUCUUAAAUCUCUGUGUUGUUUGUGAUCUGAACAGUGCUUUAUUUGUAUUAAUACCCAAGACUGGAAAGGUAAUUGUUUUUUUUUUAAAUUUCACCUUAGAGCUUAUGUUAAUGGAUCCUUACCCAAGGAGUCAGAAACUAAUGAACAGGGUGACUGUUUCUUAUACACUAAAAGCUAAUGUUCAAUCAGAUGCUUCUCUGAUGCUUUUAGUUGUAUAAGUUUCUUUCUGUGAACUGAACACAAAACUCAGGAAUUGGUGGAUUCAUAUGUAAGUCCUUUAAACAACAUGUAAUUGAACUUGAGUUUAGCAGACUGUGUGACUGACCUCCAACAAUCUGAUCUAAGGGUUAUCUUUCUUCAUAAAUGGAUUCACAGUGUGUGUGUGACUCACUGUUUUCACUGCUGAAAACUCAGUGUGGUUUCUAGGCUUUGUGACUAUGACCAGUUUUUUUUCAUCUAUCCAGAACUUCAUUUUCUCACCUAAGACUUUAGAUAAUCACAAUUAUCGACACUGUUGUUAAAUGUCUUUAGCUGUCCCCCGUCCCCCGUCUAGUGAGAUACUGCUGGCUAAGAUAGCGAGGCCUGUGAAUGUCCGUGUGCUACAGCGAUGGGCACUGAAUUUGUAAUUCCCACACUUCUGUUUCUUAGUGUGACUUAGAAAGAGGAAGUAGAAAUCUUUGUCACAGCUCAGUUGACAACUGCAUUCCAUUGAAAAGUUGGCCUUGUGAGAUACAAUCCUCAUUUAUACUCAUGCUUUGUGCCUUUAAGGAAAUACUUUUGUUAUUUUUGUUACAGAACCAUGAUGUGUUCAGUGUUCUAGCUUAUUCGUCAUGAAAAGGGUCAUUUGUUUUUGUCACUUUAUUCCUUUUAUAUAACUGAAGAAUAUGUAAACAGUAAUGCUGUACUUUUAUAAGGGUUUGUGUAGCUAACUAUUUCAAAUAUUUCAUACUCAGACAUCAAUGAAGUAAACUUGUCAGAUCGUUCUGAGUAUUGUAAACAGUGCCUUUUUGAUGGAAUUCACACUGUUUUGGGUGUCAACUUGUGCCAUAUUCACAGAAUUUUGUGGAAGGCAGUUUUAACUUUUUGAAGAAUAUCUUCAUCAAAAAUUUAAAAAGUAAAUGUAUAAAACAUCUUUUUUCCGUGUUUAGCAUUUAUAGUUAGCAGUAAAGAGUUUUAUUUUGCUUUUUUGUCUUAUUACAGGUUUGAUGGCAUAAGAUGAGCCACACAUGAGACUGUAGACUAUUUUGAAUUAUGUUAAAUAUAAAUAAAGAAAAUAUUCAUGUUUAUAUCCAAUUUUCCAAUUUGACCCAGUGGAAGGAACCUUUCAUAAUUCAAUAAGUUUACAUUUCAACUUCUUUCUUAUUUGACUAAAUAUAAAAAGAGAUUCUUUAAAAUGUAUAACCUGCCACCACUGUAUAAUUUGAUUUCAUUUUGUUAUAUAGUAUGGGUUUAGUAUAUUCCAAUUUUUGUUACAAUUAAAGUACUAUUUUGUUAGUUUUUAAUUGAAGAUGGACUGUUAACAUCAUAUAGGACCAGUGUCUUAUUAAUAAGAUGAACAUACUUAGUGAGGGCCACAGGAAAACCGUGACAAAAUGAAUGUGACUACAUGAAGUAUGUAGAAAAAUCAGCCUCUUUAUUUAUCAUAAAAAUUAUUUUAAUGUCAUAAUAUUGAAAUUCUUUAUUUGAAAAAAAAGUCAUGAACCAUUUGAAUGAUGAGCCACAUAACUUCAGUUGAAUUCAUUUCCACUUUGGGCAUGGUAAAUAUGCGUUCAAUUUUAAAUACUUCAGUUACUGGGUUUAUAAACCCAAGCACUAGCACUGGUCAGUUUUGUAUGAUAGGAUAUAAGUAUGUUGUCAUCUGCAGUGUAAAUAUAGCACACUGUUGAAUUCUCUUAAGGUGCAUAGUAAAUGUAUAGAUAGUCACAGGCGGUUUUGUAAUGUAUACAUUUCUAAUCUAUUAUUCCUAACCUGUUAUGUUUGCAGAGAGAAAAGAAUUUUUCUAAUAAUCUGUAAAAUUAUGUUAACUUCUACAAGUAGGUAUUCUAAAUAAACUUUUUUUAAAAGAGCAA